CAACAUAAACGUUGCCGAUAGAGAUGGGCGCAGCCCAGGGCCUGUCGGGCUAUGUGCAAGAGGGGGAUGGCUAGCACUCAGAGCCGUGGUGAGAACUCAAGGAAAUGCUGCCACGUCUCUUCUCCACCACUUUGGGUAGUGUUGCCAUCGCUUAAGAUUAAUCGAAAGAAUUACUUAACCGAUAUCGAAAACGUUAAUCAACCAGGUGGUUUGAAUUAUAGAAAUAAAUGUUUUACCCGAAAACACCGUUUUUGGGAAACCCCUUGUUGGAGGGAGAGAUUCUUAAAGUUAAUUCGGCUGCACUUGCUCCACUGCUAGAAUGGUUAUGCCUGACACCAAAAGUGACGACGUACCGGGUAAACACACUGCGCAUAACUAUUGACGGUUUCCGUAAAAAGUUAGAGGAAAAACUAUCCGCACGCUAUGGUCAGGGAUGCCCGAAGGUGUAUGGGCUACCGAACCUACCGGAAGUGUUGUGCAUUGAACCGCUGGCCUUGCAUUAUACAGAUGCCUUUGCCGAUCCUACCCGAAAAGAGAUCAUAGUGGACACCACUUGCGGAGCUGCUGUGCUGCGUGGCGCACACAUAUAUGCUCCCGGCGUUCUCGCCAUGGAGUCGCACACGCAGCUCCAUGAACUUGUCAGCGUGUACGCGGACCUGUCUGGAAAAUGCAAACGCGGGUCAAUCACCCGCUACGAUAAUCCGGAAAAGGUCUAUCUAGGUUCGGGCAAGGUACUGAUGCAGCGAUACCAGCUGUACAACAACUCCGACGAGCCCGCCUCUGGAGUCGCAGUGGAAAUGCAGUCCAACGUUAGCGGAGUGCCCUCUCUGGGGGAUCUCAGCAGUGAAGAAGCCGUGCUGCAGAACCUGCCUUCCAUUGUAUGUGUCCGCGUCCUAGACCCACAGCCAGGUGAACACGUGCUUGACAUGUGCGCCGCUCCCGGCAACAAGACGGGCCACAUUGCUGAGCUGAUGGGUGACCAGGGAUUCGUGGUGGCCCUGGAUAACUCAGCAAGCCGAGUGCGCAACAUGCUACAAAAGUUGACCCAGUACAAGAGCAUUUCGGCGCAUGUUUAUGACUCCACCAAGGCUCUGGCACCUGCAGCCAUUGAGGGUUCCACAGGGCCUCCGUUUCCCCGCGAAAGCUUCGACCGCAUCCUGCUCGACGCCCCAUGCAGUGGUCUGGGCAAUCGUCCACAGCUAUCAUGCGGAAUAAAGCAAGCCAAGGUGCUGAAGUCUUAUCCGAACAUCCAACGUCGGCUUUUCGAGCAGGCUGUGCAGCUCCUGCGUUCUGGCGGCAUCCUUGUGUACAGCACAUGCACUGUCACCGAGGAGGAAUGCGAGUGCUUGGUGGCCUGGGCGCUGAGCAAGUUUUCCGACCUGCGCCUGGUGGAUGCUAGUCCACGCUGGGGUGGUCCCGGACUUGUGCUUCCCAAUUUGGAUGCAUCCAAGUCGCGCCUGCUACAGCGCUUUGGACCCAGUGAACAGUGUGUAGACACCGUGGGCUUUUUUAUUGCUAAGUUUCGGAAAGAUAAAAUAAUACAAAUUUGACUGCAAUCUUUUCUUUAUUGGGCUCGAUAAUUUAAUGUUCGGCAUUUUUUAUCCCUUAUCAAUCUGCACCGCUGUGGAGCUUCGGCUUCUGAAGAAAUACAAGUAAGGUCUAAGCGAAUGUCAAGGACUGAGAUAUUCCUAAUUACAACAUUCUAGGUUUUGCUCUCCCGCAGUUGCUCUUUGUAUGUUCUGAAUGAAUAAACAUGCUGAUAUUGUUUAGUUCUCUAGAUUAAAAUUACUUAAAUAAUUUACAAUUCAUAUCUAUCGUAAUUUUACCUACUGCUAAGUUUGCCUUUGU